AUGUGGAGGUUUAACCUCAGACUCCCGAAGCGCGUACACGCUGGAGCCAGGAGUGGAAGCGUGCUCUCCCUGACUCCUGAGGUGGAGGGUGCACUGCUCAGUAUGAAGUUAUGGGACUUCUCGCUCACUUGGCUGCAGCGGAUCCUUCCCCCCAACUCGGCUCUUCAGUGUUUAGCACGUGGAGGAGCUUUUCCGGUGUUUCAGGGGUUGGUGACCUUCCAGGAUGUGGUUGUGGACUUCAGUCCGGAGGAGUUGAGGUACCUCAGUGCUGAUCAGUGGGACCUCUACCGGCAAGUGACGCUGGAGAAUUACCGCAACCUGGUCUCCCUGGGGCAUCGGUGCUGCAAGCCAGACCUUAUAUCAAAGUUAGAGGAUGAGGAGUCAUGUCGGAUGCAGAGAGACAGCGAAGCAAUGGCAUUUCAUGAUUAUGAGAUGAGCCCUGAAAGCGAAGAGCACAGCCCACCCCUGGGGGCAGGAGCAGAGGAGCCAGCCGCGGGUGGCCACGCAAGAGAAUUCUCUGACUGGUGCUGGGAAUGGCAGCUAGACAGCCUGGAGGAGCCGCGGGGUCCCGUGCCACCUAGCGAGCCCCAGCCCCUCACUCAGGAGGAUGACCAUGGUCCAGACCAAGGUCUCACUCGGGGACCAGAGCCGCAGCCCCUCACUCAAGACAAUGGCCACAGUCCAGCCUGGAGUCUCAGUCGGCGACCAGAGUCCCAGCCCUUCACUCAGGAAGGUGGCCGUCCAGGCUGGGGUCUCAAUGAGCCACCAGAGUUCCAGCCCCUCACUCAGGAUGACAGCCACAGACCAGCCUGGGGUGUCACUCAGCGACCAGAGUCCCAGCCCCUCACUCAGGAAGGUGGCCGUGGUCCAGCCUGGGGUCUCACUCAGCGACCAGAGCCCCCUCCAGCAGAAGCUCCUCAGGGCAGGGCUGCUCCCGGGGUCCCAGUGUGCCACACGCCUUCCCUCCAGAAGCGAAGGCCCUUCCAGGCCCAGAGGGGCCCUGAGGGGCACGUGUGCCCAGGUGAUCCACGUGGCGAAGCCUUGCACCUCCCACCACACCUCGCCAGCCGCCAGCAGCGCCUUCCCGGGGAGAAGCCCCCUGGGUGCAGUGCAGACAGGCUGCCCCCUGGACCCAUGGAGGGCUGCCGCCAGAAGGGCUACUCCGAGUGUCCCAAGUGUGGCCGAGCUUUCAUCCGGGAGGUGCACCUCUUCCAACACCUCCAAGCCCAUGAGGUGGCCAAAGCUCUUCCCCCAGAGCCACCCCCGGUCCCCAAAGCAUACUCCAUCCGCUACCUGCGAAGGCAGCCCUAUGAGGAAAGAGCCUGCCGGUGCUGCGACUGCGGCAAGGCCUUUGAGCGCAGCUGCCACCUCAUCCAGCACUACCGCGUUCACGCCACCGAGACGCCCUUCCAGUGCCAGCUGUGUGGGCGCUGCUUCAGCCAGCCCUCCCACCUCACGCAGCACUACCAGCGCCACUUGCAGGAGACCAACACCACCGCCGGGUCCCCUUGA